AUGGCAUCUGGCGCCUUCUUCGACCCGCUCAAGCUCCUCCGUGUAGCUCCCCUCGUGAGCAGCACCGCCGCCGUCUGGUUCGCAGUCGAUCAAGAUCUCUUCCUAUCCAACUUCCAACAACCACUACAUGAAGACAAGGCGAACGCCAUCCUUCCUACCUAUUGGAAAAUCCUCCUUCCCAGGGCACUGUGGAUUCUUGGCACCCUGCAUACAGUGACUGUGGGUACAUCUGUUGCCAAUAUCGUCCUGCAAGGCGAGAAGCUUCGCAGCCUGAAUGCCACGCGAUGGUACUGGAGUGGCGUUCUAUUCUCCCUGGCGCACUUCACGUUCGUGCCGUUGGUGAUGUACAAGAUCAAAGAUAUUGUUGAGGAUAAUAGCAAGGGCCACAGCACGAAGAUUCUGGCUAAGUGGCUUCGUGUUCAUCGCAUCCGGUCCGUCUUGGUGGAUUUUGUUGCUUUUGCGAGCUUUUUGGUGGCGGCUACAGUUUGA